AUGGUCAAGAUUGUUGCGAAUUAUGAAAUUAUGAGGACGCUCGGCCAGGGUAAAUAUUCAAAAGUAAAAUUUGGGAGGGAUUUGGAAACUGGAGAGACGUAUGCGAUCAAGAUUAUGAAUUUAAAUUAUAUUAAGAAGGAACAGAUGGAAACACAAUUAAAAAGAGAAAUUGCCAUCAUGAAGAUUAUGAAGCAUCCUAAUAUUGUAAAUCUAAAAGAAGUACUACAAACUGAAAAUAAUAUUUAUGUAAUAAUGGAACUAGUAACAGGAGGAGAAUUAUUUGAUAGAAUUGUGGCUGCUGAAAAGUUUGAUGAAAUUACUGCAAGACGAUACUUUCAUCAAUUAGUAUCAGCAAUCGAAUAUUGCCACAAUCAGGGUAUCGCUCACAGAGAUUUGAAACCAGAGAAUUUACUUUUAGACUCUUUUGAUAAACUGAAAAUAACGGACUUUGGUUUGAGUAGUAUUGUGCCUAACAAGCUGGGAAAGUCACAGCUCUUGAAAACAACAUGUGGUACUCCGAACUAUGUCUCACCAGAGGUUAUUAAGGAAAAAGGAUAUGAUGGAUUUUUAGCAGAUAUUUGGUCGAUGGGAGUUAUUCUCUAUGUAAUGCUAACAGGAAAAAGUGGAAAAGUUGAAUUCCCAUCACAUCUGUCAAAAGAAGCUAAGGAUUUAAUAUCGAAAAUGUUGCAAGUUAAUCCAAAAAAGAGAUAUUCCAUACCAAAUAUAAAGGCCUCUAAAUGGUUCCAAAUAGGAUAUAGGGAAGAUUUUGGAGUUGUUCUUCAAUCACCCAAAAUUGAAAUUUCCAACAAUGAUUUGAAGGAAGCUGUAAAGGAUAGUUUUUAUAAGGAAAUAGAUCAACCUCCUCCUCAGGGGAGUAAUAGUAAUACGAAUCAACCAACAGAGGUUAGAAUGAAUGCUUUUGAUAUAGCAUCUCAGUUUGUGAUGGGAUCAAUUUCAAAAAUGGCAACAGGACAAGAUAAUUUAUUAAUUCGAAGACAAACCAGAUUAGUUGCUAUUGGAAAAGCUGACGAUAUUUCGGAAAGAGUUUUUCAAAUAUUAAGGGAAGAAAGAGCCAAUCCAAAAUUUAAAGGAACCAAUUUGAUCAAGUGCUAUGUGAACUUGGCUGAUUCGGUCAUUACUCUUAAUGUAGCCAUUCUCAGAACUGUUUCAGAUACCGUAAUACUUAUUGAAUUUAGAAGAGGUAAGGGUAAUUUCCUUGCCUUCCAUAGUUUUUUCAGACAUGUGGCAUCAAAAAUGAAAGAUUUUGUAGUGUCUGCCAACAUUUCAAACAAUACUCCAUCCACCCAAAAUAAUUCUCCCUCAUCCUCACUCGAAAAACAAAAUUAA